AUGAAGAGAACGACCCUCCCAAAACGUUCGCCAGCCGCAGACGCGCACCUUCAGGCUAAGCUCAAGUCGACGAGCCCAAACUAUCGGAUCCAACGUGAAUUAAAAGCUUUUCUUUCUGAUCCACCGUCCAAUUUAUCUGUGAAAGUGGGAAAGAACCUACGCGUCUGGAUAGUGAGUAUUGAAGGAGCCAAGGGAACCGUUUAUGAAGGGGAAAUUUUCAAGCUACGAAUAAGCUUUCCACCACAGUAUCCGACAGUCCCACCCAGCGUGUACUUUUUACCACCCAGUAUUCCGGUACACGAGCACGUUUAUACCAACGGUGAUAUUUGCCUGUCAUUACUGGGCAAGGAUUGGCGACCCACAAUGACGGCACAAUCGAUAGCUGUUAGCAUUCUCUCGAUUUUAUCGUCGGCCCAAUCCAAAUCUCUGCCCAUGGACAAUGCGAGGCAUGCACAGAACAAGCCCGGUGAAUAUCAAAAGGACUGGGUCUAUCAUGAUGAUAACUGCUGA